GGGUGGUUUUAAUGGGAGGACGGAAAAAUUUUGUUCUGGCAUUUCUUGUUUGUGAAUUUUGUGGAUUAGAUGGAUAUCGUCGCCGUGUAGGGAAGACUCUCGGUGCCUGUGGCGAGUACUCUGUUGCUGGUCAUUCUGUGGACGAAAUAAUGGGUGAGGCUGGAAGUAUUUCUGUGAAAUAGUGAGAUAAAAAAAAAACUUCCUCGCCUCUCUUUGUCGCCCCUUUUUCUCUCUCGCGGAUUCGGUGCUGGCUGAAAAGAAAACAAGAAGUGUUUUUGUGCCUCCAGAGGAGGAGGACUUUUUAAUUGCCCAGCCACAAUGGAGAGAGGCAUCAAGUGAAAUUAUUGCGUGAACAAGUGCUGACUAAAGUGCGGUGCUAAACUUGCACCAAAACCCGUUUUUAUUUGUGCACAGAAGAGACUUUUUUCUUCAUCCCAAUAAUAAUUUUGUGGGCGAGACCGCAUUUUGCUUGUUUUUCUCGUCUCCUCGCCACACGCAAAUCGCUUUUCCCUCUGAUUGCAAAUUGAUCCCUCUUGUGUGUGGCUAUGUGGAGGUGCUACCCUGUGUGAAGCAGGAGGAGUGAGUUUUCCAAUAAGAACGAAAAAAAAAAUAAAAUAAGGGGAACAUGGACCCAACAAACGAGGCCCUGUGAACGUCGUUGUGCCCCCAAGGCGAGCGCCAUGGAGUUGUUUCAGCUGUAAAUCCGCUUGAUUUCGUGUAAAGCAACCUAUAAAAAAAUCUCGCUGAUUGACACUCCAAGGAGAAGACGCGAAAAUGGAUCAUGCGGUUAAGGCAGCCCGCGGGAGACCGUGGAAUAAGCUGCGCUUUGAAAAUGAUGAACUGGAGUGUCUCUAUCAGAGAUAUACCCUCAAAUUGCAGCGAUUCAGUGUAAUGGGGGUUGUGGCCCUUGUGGUGAUGCUCUGUGGUGUUAUGGCAGCUCUCAGUUUAGGCUACACGCAAGCUCCAACAGUUCAUAAUGUUUUCAAUUCUCUUCUGUGCCUGGUAUUCUCCAUUGUACUGGCAUUGUUACAAUUUCGCGUCAUACGCGACACGCAUCUUCCGUACCUCUGCUACUCUCUUCUAUUCUUCACCGCAGCAUUGUGUUUCAUCUCGAUGCCAACAGUGGGAAAUAUUUUUCCAGUUGACACAAAAGAGGUAAUGGCGGAAGGUGUGUGGCAAAUAGUUUUUGUCACCUUCUUAGCAUAUGCUAUGAUGCCCCUACAAAUUUGGGAAGCAGUGAUAUUUGGCAUUAUUCUCCCGACAAUCCAUAUUGGCUUAACGGGCUAUAAAAUCUACACGGGCACCUUCCAAUAUAUGGAAUACAAUCACCUGGCGGCAAAUAUUGUCAUGUUCAUUGGGGUGAAUGUGACGGGUUUGGUGGUGAAUAUUAUGAUGGAGAGAGCCCAAAGGAGGGCAUUUUUGGAUACGCGAAAUUGCAUUGCGGCACGACUUGAGAUGGAGGAUGAGAAUGAGAAAUUGGAACGGCUGUUGCUAUCUGUGUUGCCGCAACAUGUGGCCAUGGAGAUGAAGAAUGAUAUUCUCUCCCCGGUGGAGGGACAAUUUCACAAGAUCUACAUACAGAAGCAUGAAAAUGUGAGCAUCCUCUUUGCCGAUAUUGUUGGGUUCACUGUACUCGCGUCGCAGUGUAGUGCACAAGAGUUGGUGCGCCUUCUCAAUGAGCUCUUUGGGCGUUUUGAUCAGUUGGCAAAUGAUAAUCACUGUCUACGGAUAAAGAUUCUCGGUGAUUGCUACUACUGCGUCUCCGGGAUCCCAGAACCGCGAACAGAUCAUGCAAGAUGCGCCGUUGAAAUGGGAUUGGAUAUGAUUGAUGCCAUUGCAUCCGUUGUGGAGGCAACAGAUGUAAUUCUCAAUAUGCGUGUUGGCAUUCACUCUGGACGUGUACUCUGUGGCGUUCUCGGGCUGCGGAAGUGGCAAUUUGACGUGUGGUCCAAUGAUGUCACCCUAGCGAAUCACAUGGAGUCUGGUGGGGAGCCCGGACGUGUCCAUGUUACUCGCGAGACACUGGAUGCGCUGAGUGGUGAAUAUGAAGUAGAAGCGGGUCAUGGAGGUACACGAGACUCAUACUUGCGUGACAAUUCCGUCGAUACGUACUUUAUUGUGCCGCCGCCGCAUCGUCGGAAGCCGCUAAUGCUCAAUACAUUGGGCGUCCGGUCGGCCCUUGGUGCAGCAAAUCGGCGAAAAUUGUCCUUCCGCAAUGUAUCCAAUGUUGUCGUCCAAUUGCUCCACACCAUCAAGUAUUCGGUUCCUGUUCCAUUUUCUCACAUGGCCACGGGCACGUAUCCGGCAACCAAUAGUAAUUCUACGGGAAAUUUCAAUGACAAGGGAUCACGAAAGGUGUUACAGCUGCAGAGAGCGCUUCAUGCGCCCUUGGAUUCAGAAGGAUCUGACCAGCUGAAUGAUUUGUUGAAGAAAAAUAAAGUUACCGAGAAGUUUAAACGGCCCUUUAAAAAGCGCCACUCAAGUGUUUAUCAUCAGCCAACAAAUCGUGUAAACAAAUAUUUAUCACAGGCCAUUGAGGCACGCAGCGUCGAUCGAGACAAGUCAGUUCAUGUGAAACGAAUCACAUUGCAAUUCCGUGACAAGGACAAGGAGCGCCAAUAUCGGCAGGAUCUCGAUUUGGGGUUCAGCACAGCAAUGGGAUGUAGUAUAUUGCUAUUGAUUCUCAGUGCAGCACUUCAGGUGUCAGCUCUUCCACGUACCCUCAUCCUACUACUCCUCUUUCUCACCGCCUUUAUUUGGAUUAGUGCCAUUCUCAUGCUCUUACUGGCUGUACGCUUGAAGUGGAUUUACUGGGAUUUGUCGCAGAGUUUCGUUCUACGAUUGGCAAUCACCGUCUUUACCAUCAUUCUCCUCUACUCCGUGGGUCAAGUUAAUGUGUUCACGUGUGUGGCUGAAAUGAAAUGCACACCGAAUGUAACAGCAUCACCAGCGCGACCACAUCAUGAAUUUAUGGUGGAUGGAGAUUCAAUGGAGUUGGACAAAAUCAUUCAUAGCCACAGGAAAUGUAUGCUGCCGCAAUACAUUUCACUUUCAGCGGCAUUUGCCUUCCUCUCGGUGUCGGUGUUUCUGCGAUUGCCAAUACUGAUUAAGAGUACCCUCGUGAUACUCAUGACAAUUGCCUAUGCGCUCUUCAUUGAGGUAUCCCAUCCGCACAUUUUCACCUGCUACGAUGGGCGCUUGAAUGCUGAAAUACCUUUACAUACGAUGUCUCUUGCGCAAAUAAUAAUCUUCAUGGUGACAAUACUUGCGCAUGGGCGUCAAGUUGAGUGGACGGCACGAUUGGAUUUUAUUUGGCAACUCCAAGCGUCGCAGGAGAAGAAGGAGAUGGCUGUGUUGCAGCAGUCAAAUAAGAGAAUCCUCUAUAAUCUCCUUCCGGCGCAUGUGGCGGCGCAUUUUCUCGAUAAUCAAUUUCGCAAUAAUAUCUCAACAAUGGGGCAGGAGCUGUAUCAUCAGAGCUAUGCGAAAGUUGGUGUGAUCUUCUGUAGUGUACCGAAUUUCCAUGAAUUCUACACGGAACUCGAUGGAUCGAAUCAGGGGGUUGAAUGUUUGCGGCUUCUCAAUGAGAUUAUUGCGGAUUUCGAUGAGUUGCUGUGUCAGGAGCGUUUUCAUGCGAUUGAUAAGAUAAAGACAGUUGGGAGUACGUAUAUGGCGGCUGUUGGGCUCAUCCCGGACUACAAGAUGAUCUCGACGGAUCCCAAUUCAACGCGACGCCAUAUGACGGCUCUGUUGGAAUUUGUUAAGGCAAUGCGGGUGACACUGCAGAAUAUCAAUGAGAAUUCCUACAAUAAUUUUAUGUUACGCGUAGGGGUGAAUGUGGGACCCGUUGUUGCGGGGGUGAUUGGCGCAAGGAAGCCACAGUAUGAUAUUUGGGGGAAUACAGUUAAUGUGGCGAGUAGGAUGGAUUCAACGGGAAUUCCAGGAUUUACACAGGUGACACAGGAAGUUGUCGAUAGUCUACAGGGAUCACAUUUUGAGUUCAAAUGCCGCGGGCAGAUUAAGGUGAAGGGAAAAGGUGACAUGAUAACGUACUUCCUGUGUGAACAAUCACACACAAAUAUGCUAAAUGGUGGUGAUCGUGAGUAUCGAAGUACAAUGCCGGGUGCCAGAACGAAUCUCCAUCAGCAGCAACAGCAGCAGCAUCAGAUAAGUGGGACAAAUCAGGCGAAUCAUUCAAAUGCAUCGGGAAAUCAUCAUGAUUACUAUCAGAAACGCACGGAUAUGAAUGUGGUGGAGAAGAAUUAUCAUCCGAAUGUGAUAAAUGAGAAUUAUGUGAAGAAGGAGGCGUACAAUUUUGUCGAGAGCCCCAAUUUGUUGCAACAUUCGGAGAAUUUGCGUGAAGAUAGCUACAAGUAUAAGCAGAAUUUUAGUAUGCACAACUAUGAGAAGCCACGCGAGCAGCCAUAUCAUCACAAUUUUAACAUCACCGAAAAUCCAAACAUCAAUAAUUAUGAGUACAACAAUAGUGCCAGGGAGAAUUUUACAAUACGCGAUGGAUUUAAUAAUCAAAUUGGUAAAGAGAAUUUCAACAAUCACCAUCAUUCGUACCAUCAGAUGAGUCAGUAUCAGCAGCAGCAGCAGCAGCAGAAUGGGAUGCGAAAAGAUCAUUUAAAUGUGAAGAAUCAUCUGAAUAAUAUGAAUUAUUCUCUUUCGCGUGAGAGUGAGCAUCUCCUGCAACAGGCACCAGUGGCAAAGGUAAUUCCGCGGCAGCAGCAACAGCAUCCGCAUAGUCAUCAACAAGCACAUGGUACACCAAAAUACGAACCACCGCGCUAUGCAAGCCCGGCAAACCUCAUAAACCACCAUCAUCAUCACAUUCAGCAGCAAAUUAGUCCGCCACAGCCACAUGUUGCAUCAUUGGGCUACAUGAAACCCCUACCGAAGUCACCGCCUGAAACGGAGGAUAAUCGCGAAAUGUCCUCAACGGAUGAUCUCAGUUCGCGUCCGCACUCACCGAGUGUCUCAUCGUCCGAUGAAAGCUACUCCAAGACGACGGAAAAUGAGGAGGGGGACGAAGAGAAUUCCCCCCAUGUUGCACAUCAUCAGUACGCCAAGGCAAUGAAUCCCCUUCAGUGGCUCUAUCCCUGUGAUAUACAAGCAGAUCCCACGAGUAGUCCCAAGCUCAGUCCAAUCGAUCUGAGUCAGCUGAAGGAUCUCGAAGUGAGUUCAACCACCGAAAGUCAAGCUGCCUCAACGGCACACAACAAGGGGGAAUCGUGUAAUUCCUUUGAGUACCACGUGGACACGUGGGGAAAGAAUAAGAGCCCCUUUGAGCGUGAAAUUCAGCGAUUACUCCAAGAAUCCACGGCAAAGGCGAAUAAUUUGAGCAAUGGCCGAAAUGUCGCACCAAUGAAUUACUCAGGCAAUCGCCAACAGCAACAAAAUCACCAGCAGCACGAUAAAACAAAAUACGAACUCGAGGGAAUUGAGCCAAAGUCCAAUCAUAGUUUACUCUUCAACAAGCACCCCGUCGGCCUGGAGGCCAUCAAGGAAAUCACCCGCAAUAAGAAUCCAUCGGAAUCGAGCCAAAUGCAAACUUCCGACACGGAAUCAUGUGAAAUUCUCCAUGAAAAUCACCGUCAGGUCAAAGUGGGGGCCGCUGCGGUGACGGAGAAGAAUUGCGCAAAAGUAAAUGGCUCAAAGGAGAAUUUGGUGGACGAUGAGUUGGGAGAGAUGGUUUAUCACGACGAAGAGAAUUAUGGUGCAUCAAAUCAUCAAUCAAUGGACUCGAAUCACUGCGAAUUGGAAAGUCAAUCUGAGUGGAGUGAUGAAGAGUGCCGGGAAGAAGCUACAGGUGGAGCUGAAAGUGCUGGGUACAUUACAGAUGAACCUGGCCUGGAGAAUGUUUCCCUACUCAAUGAGGCAGGGCUAACGGAUGCCGAAGGUGCCCUGUCUGAUGUGAAUUCCCUCUACAAUGCUCCAGAUGUGGAUGAUACGUCAAUAUCGAGUCGUGCAAGUUCACGUCUUCUCAGCUUGGACUCCCUCAGUGGGUUGUAUGACUGCGAACUCGAUGCAAAGCAUGAAAUGGCCAUUGUGAGUGCAUCACACAAGAUUACCAGCAAAUUCGGACCACAGGUUUGAGUGUGCAAAAAUGAUAAAAACUAAAAAAAAAGAAGUGAAAAAAUUGCGGGAGGCUCUUUUGUUUUCGAGAGAGUUCUCACCGUGAGCACAAUCUCGUGUAAAAUUAUUGACUAAAAAAAAUGGUAUAUUAUAUAUAAUUUAUAAAUAUUAUCACACAACAUAAAUUAUUCUAGUGUCUAGAUGCGAGAGGAGAAGGUAAUAUAAUGAAGAAAAAAACGUGACAAAAAAGUAUUUAUGAGUAAACAUUUAGAAUAAUAAUUAUUGUCUAUUUGCUAUAACUUUUUUUUCUCUUUACAAAUUAAUAUUAAAGAAAAAUCUUUUUUUUUACCUUGAUAUUCCUUCAGUUUUACCGUACGAAGAGGGAAGGAGUUUUGCUGAAAUAUUUAUUUUAUAUAAUGAUAAAUAUUUCGAUUUAUUAAUUCUGACUGAUAAUGCGAAUAAAAUGCGUUUUUAAAUGGUUUUUUUAGGCUCUAGAAAGGUGAGAAAAGAAAUUUAGAAAUUAAAUUAGAAAAAAAAGAAGCAUCGUGUACUGUAAAAGGCAGCAUAAAAUUGUUAAAAGAAAAUCAUUGCGUGGGGAUUUGUUUAUUAAAAAAAAAAUCUUUUUUUUUCUUUUCGCUUUAAAAGCGAUUUAAAAUUGUAAAUUAAAAUAGUGGCUAAAUGCCAAAUAUUUUAUCGAGUUUUUUUGCAUAAAAAUGACAAACUAACCACGAUAAGGUAGGAAUUAGAAAAGAAGAAUCUUGCAGAGAAGUUGAAAAUGUACGGGUAAGCUGACCAAGCUUACGAGAGCUGUGUUUCUUUCAGUGUACCAAUUUUGUGAGAGCAAACUAGAACGCGAAUUUGUUUAAAUACAUUAAAAAUCGGGAAAAGUUGAAAAGUCAUCCCCCAAGAAAUCUUUAAAAUGCCAUAUCUCGGGAAUGGCUCCAUAGAUUUUCGAGUUUGAGCUAUCGUUGGAAAUGUCUUAACCUCAACUAUAACAUAUUAAAAUAUGAAGUAAAUCGAUAAUGGCAUUUUCGAAAUAUUCGAGUUCGAAAUUUUCGAAAAUAUUUAUUUUGACUUUAGCGCCUCUCGCGGUCAUUUCUCGAAGUUGCAAUGUUCUAGACAUUUGUAGGGCUUCACGAAACCUUUGAUUUGCACUUGAGUUGAUCAAAAUCGGACUUGUAGAACCCGAGAUAUGACAUGCCAACUUUGGAAGGCUAUAUCUCGAGAACGGCGACAUAGAUUUUCUUCAUUUUUGGCAUGGAGCUAGAUAAUAUGGUCAGCUAUAACAUAUCAAAAAAUGAAGCAAAUCGAUAAUGGCGUUUUCGAGAUAUUCAUCGAAAACUCAUCGAAAAUUUUGUUUUUGAUUUUUGGCCCCCUAGCGGUCAUUUUUGAAACUUCAGAUGUUCUAGAGAGUUGUAGGGUUUGUUGAGAGCUUUCAUUUGAGCUCGGGUUGAUCAAAAUCGGUCAAGCCGUUUUCGAGUUAUGGUCGAUUUUCGAUGAAAAAUUGUGGCGGCCAUAUUGACUAAACGGCUUGACCGAUUUUCGAGAAUAAGGUAUCGUUGGAAAGGUCUUGAUGGCCCCUACAACAUAUAAAAAUUUCAGAUUUUUAGCUAUUACAGGGGCUGAGAUAUAAGCAAAACAAAAUUUUGAGGUUAUUCAAAAUGGCGGACGCGGGGGUGGGGGGUAAAAUUUGACAUCAUAAUCGGAUGUCUUCCAGUCGAUAUUUAAACUUUGCCGUUUACCGCAAGUCUCUAUCUAUUACCGUUCUCUCGCAAUUUAGCGUUAUACUACGGACGGACGGACGGCCGGCCGGCCGGAAAAAAAUUUUUUUUGGCGCAUACGUUUUUUGGAAUGUGGGGACCCUAAUUCGUGCUCAUCCCAAGUUUGAGCCCGAUCUGACGACUUUCGAUUUUGCUCGGUACACAAAAGCUGUGUCUGAAAGAAACACAGCUAAAAAAAUUCAGCGCAGUAUUUUGUUAAGUUAUUCGUAAUGCUUUAUGGGGCAAAAAUUUUAGAAUUUUUUAUAGAACUUUUGUCUUCGAUUUUUGAAUUGACCUUUUUUUACAAGGAAAACCUUUUUUUCUAAGGUAGAAAUAUCUCUUACUUCUGGUGCUAUUUUUUUAAAAGAAAUUUUCUCUUUUUAUUACCUACAAAAUUCGUAUGUUUUUAUUUUCUUACAAAUUUCAUCAGUUUUUAUUACAAAAUUUCAUCAAUUUGGUUAUCUUUUGUGGUUGAAAAAGGAAUAAAAUAAAACAAUUCAGGACGUGGUGCAAUUUUUGUUAAAGAAAAAAAAGGAAAAAUGUUUCAAGGCGAGAAAAUUGAUAGGAAAGAAAAUUCACAGCAUGAAUUUUUCUUCUAAAGCAUUUCGGGGUGAGGGCUUUUUUGUGUGUAAAGUGUGUCUAACAGCAAAGCAAAAGAAAUCAUUUGAGGCACAUGAAAUACGACACAAGCGGGUUUAUUUUCUUACUCAAACAGCGAAAGAGCGUCUAACACUUGUUAUAAAUCUCAUAAAACGAUGACAGGAGAGAGAGAGAAAAAUGAAAAUUGCAAAAA